AUGGCUGAUGCCGAUGAUUACCUCCAAGAGGGCUUCGAUCCGCGCAGCGUGACAGUGCCGCGCUUGCGGUCCAUCCUCGUCACGCACAAUGUGGACUAUCCAUCGACAGCGAAGAAGGGACAACUGGUAGAUUUGGUCAAUGAUCACGUUUUAUCACAGGCUGCGAAGUUGCGGGCACAGAGAGCUCAGGCGAAACGAUCCAGCUUAGGGUUCGUCAAUGCAGGCAGUGCAGAAGAUUCCAACGCUUGGGAUGAACACGACACGCGCUCGCGCCAUUCGUCUAUGCGCAGGUCGAUGUCGCCAAGGAAGAGCUCGAGCAGAAUUAAGACCGAGUCCGAGGAACCAGAAUCCAAUAUUCUGCGCAGCCCGCGCAAGCGCAGCUCAAGAUCUGCCAGCCGGCAACUUUCCCAUUUUGACGAAGAUGACGGCGCCGCAUCCGUUGCGUCUAAGUCGGCGCGUCGAAGCAGCAGAAGGACCGUCACUCCUCAAAUAAAAGAUGAGUCGGAAGAGGAGUAUCCCACUCAUGCUGAUCGCUCGAACGAAUAUCUUCAGCCGCCAGAGGUAGAAGAGGACGGGGGACAUGACGCAUCUGUUUUCACCGACGACAACCCUUUCCAAAGCGGAAGCUCCCCGCCGCCGGUAAAAACUCCAAGCAACCGUCGACGCACUUUGGGGGAGGACAUGUCUCAGAGCGUGCGAUCUGCUAGGAGAAGAACUGAUGGUUUCACCGAUCGAAGCAAAAAGUCUAGAAUAUCAGAAAUUUCAGCACCCAAGUUACGGCAAAAGAAUCCUGAAUUUGCUUUGGAGCCUGGCGAGGAGUUUACUGCUGAAGAGCAGCUCGAAUUGGAAGAAGCUCAAAGCUCGGGUGAAGUCGCUCCAAUUUUGCGCAAGAGCCAUAAACCAGCACGCCAAACAAGCGUACUGACACCCCUCUUUGUCCUUUUUAUGGCUCUUUUCGGCGCUUACGGAGCUUGGUAUCGACAAGAGAAGCUUGCUGUCGGAUACUGCGGCCUCGGUAGACAGGCUAAGCCACUCCUGCCACCAGAGAUUGUAGUUCCCGAUGCGCUACUUCCUUUUGUUGAACCCCAAUGCGAACCAUGUCCUGCAAAUGCCUACUGCUAUGAGGGCUUCAAUGUGAGAUGUAUCCAAGGAUUCAUUCAGAAACCUCACCCGUUGUCAUUCGGCGGACUGGUCCCUCUUCCACCAACAUGUGAGCCCGAUAGCGAGCAGGAACGCCGAGUUCAGGCCGUAGCUGACAAGGCGGUUGAGGAGCUUAGAGAGCGCCGAGCCAAGUAUGAGUGCGGUGACUUGGUCGACGAAGCGGGUCAACAGGAAAAUUCGCCUGCAAUCGCAGAGGAAGAGUUAAAACACGUUGUCAGCAAAAAACGAAACAAGAGACUUAGUGAUGAGGAAUUUGAUGACCUGUGGGAGAAGGCCAUCGGCAAAGUCACUACGAGAGAAGAAGUUGAGGUUCAAGUUGAGACAACCCAACCGUCCGGUGCCUCCAAUCUUCCAGUCAGAAAGCUAUCGUCAACCUCUCUCGCUCGCCUUCCGCUCACCUGCGCCAUCAAGCGGUCAAUCUGGCUCGCAUUGGCAAGAUAUCGACUCGCAAUUGGAUUUAUAAUCUUGUUGAUCCUCGGAAGCUUGAACGCACGUUCACGGUACCGUCGUCACGUUGCAACAUCUGCACAGGUUCCAGCCCUCGUAGACUUGGUCUUACAGCGAAUCGCGGACCAGAGGGAGCUUGGAGAAGAGGAUCUUGAUGAUCCCUGGCUCUUCCUGCCAAACCUGAGGGAUGAUGUCCUGCGAUCUAUUCACACUCUCUCCGAGCGAGACAGGAUAUGGCAGAGGGUAAGGGCUGUCGUAGAGCAGAACAGCAAUGUCCGCAUAAGCCAGAGGGAAAGCCGAAGCGGGGAAGUAGGUCGUGCUUGGGAGUGGAUUGGCCCUACCAAGGGUGAGGGGGCGAGGAGACGGCGCAGUGGGAGGGUUUCGUUGGUGCCGGAGCUGAAGGAGGAGACGCCUGAUUCUAAAGAUAGAGUCGAGGCUAGGAAAUGGGAUGAGCCAAGGCCGAUUUAUUAG